GCUACCUGCUAUUCCAAUCGAUCUUUUUAACAAUUUUUAUGAUCAGUCUGAGCCUUUCCCCAAACAAGCUUACUGACGGCUGAUACACUAUCCCAGUAAACCUGCUGUAACUGCGAGUAGCUACAGGUACUACUUUCCUUGUAGCUAAAGUCUGCAAGGGACUGUGUCUAUCUCUUGCCGCCGCGUGGCUUCUUCGGAUUCCAAAAGUCAGCAUGGCGCUGGAAGCGGGAGAGGUAUCGGUCACUAUAGAAUUCGCCCAAGGCCUGAAGGAUAAGGACUGGUUCGGUCGUCAAGACCCUUACUGCGUCCUGAGCGUUGGUGGUCAGCACUUCCGCACCCACACCGCGACCGACGGUGGCAGGAACCCGGUCUGGAACCAGACCUUCCGUUUCAACGUCAUUAACGAGAAUGACGUAGAGCUCACAAUCAAGGACUCUGACGUGGGCCGUGACGACAAUAUAGGCACCGCGAGGAUCUCGCUUGCAAGGGCUCGUCAGUUCGGGAGGGACACCAUGCAGGCGCCUGUGUACAGCAAGCACGGCAAGCAGCACGGAUUCGUGCAGGUCAGCUUGGUCUUCACGCCAAACAAGGCUACCGGCGCUUACUCCGGUUACCCUGCUCAGCAGUAUGCCCAGUACAGCUAUCCUCAGCAAGUCCCAGGGUAUGGCGUGCCGCCUCCUGCCUACGGAGCGUACGGCGCGCCCCCGCCGGCCUAUGGUGCCCCUCCCCCCGCCUACGGGGCUCCUGCCGGCUACCCGCCUCCCGGCGCCGCCUACCCACCUCCUGGCGGCGCUGGCUACCCGUCGGCCCCGCAGCAACCCGGCUACCCGCCCCAGCAGUCGUACCCGCCUCCCGGACAGUACGGUGCGCCAGCGCCGUACGGAGCUCCGCCCCAGGCGCCGUACGGUGCACCACCCCCAACUUACGGCUACCCUCCGAGGUAGAUUUCUAGGAGGCUGAACUGGGCGUGUCGGAAUAUGCCCCUGUGAAGCUACCAUACAUUAUGUGACCUGGAGUGCUACAUACAUGACGGCACCCGGAUUCAAGGCUGAAGUAAAGGUUCUUGCGCACAACGCCCUCCUAUUGCUGACACACCCGGGUCCUUGGCAUGUACCAAGGAACGUAGAGCGGGCAGGGAAUAUUUCGCAGGGUGUGGAGAGUCAUGCAUGCUUCGUGUACAGAUGCAUGCCCUGUGUUUUGAGGAUCGUAGAGCUUUGCGGGAGUAAGCCUUUCUGACCUAGUCCACGUGGCCAUCACUUGCAUGCCGCACCGCUGUACCCUAUAUGCUUGCAUCCAUGAGCCUAGCUACGUUGACGGUGGUGGACGCACGGGUCAAUGAGGCACCUUACUCAUGUUAGUGUUGUUGGUGAAAUGUCCUGGACAAUAGAUAUCAGUUUGAGCCAAGCUGGGUCGCUACCGUGCAUGAUGUGGUGCGAUGUGAUACAUACGAGGGGCCCUUGGUGGGCUGAACUGGAACAGGUAGGUACAGCCUGUAAGAAACCAUUGCACGGCACAUUGUACAUUUUGGUCUGUAGCGUGCUGCCAAAACCAUCCCUCAUGUAAUAUUGUUCUGUCGUGAC